AUGGCUCCCACCGAUUCUAAGUCCGAACAGGCCACUGUUCAAGUUAAUGUUGAUGAGUUGCGCGACUCCAAGGAUGCGAUCCUUGUGCGCUUGAUGACCCUCCAGGGUUACAUUGCCGAUCUGAGCAAGGCCUACCUGGAGCACGCCAACAAUGUUAUCAACGGUGGCCCUGCCACCAUUGAUCUCCCUGCUGUCCCCACUGGUCUGUCUCUUGGCAACCUCGACCGCCCCAGCAGCCCUGCCAAGUCUGAGGCUGGCACCAAGAAGCGCAAGCGCGCGCCCGUUGACCCCAAUGCGCCCAAGCGUGCCCUGACUCCGUACUUCCUGUAUAUGCAGAGCAACCGCUCUAAGAUCGCCGCCGAUCUGGGUGAGACUGCGAAGCCCAAGGAUGUCGCUGACGAGGGUACCCGCCGCUGGCAAGAGAUGCCUGCUUCCGCUAAGGAGGUCUGGAAGGAGUUGUAUUCUCAGAAUUACGAGAAGUACAAGGUCGAUAUGGCUGCCUAUAAGGCCGGCAAGCUUGAAGAUGAGCAGGAUCCUGCUGCUACCCAGCUCCAGGCGGACUUCGCCGAUAUCCCCAAAGAAGCUUCUGAGAACGAGUCUUCUUCCUCCGAGGACGAAGAAGAGGAUAAUGAUGAGGAAUCUCGCGAGUCUUCCCCAUCUCCCGUCCAGCCUCCUCCCAAGGAGAAGACCCCUCGCAGCACCAAGCGUCGUCGCGGCAGUGAUGCUAAGAAGGAAGUCCCCGAAGUUCCCGAGUCGGCUGUGAAGCAGACCUCGCCUGUUAAGAGAGGAUCCCGCAGCAGAAAGGCGGAGCCCGCGGCUAAAGAGACACCCGCUACUGGAAAGAGCAAGGCCAAGAAGCGCAAGAGCGAGCUUGACAAGCUCACCCUCUCAAACCUCGGGUUCUUAGCCCAACGGCGUCUGGCCCGCGGUGUUCGCCUUAACCACGCAGAGGCAGUGGCCUUGAUCUCAUCCGUCCUGCACGAGCUUAUUCGCGAUGGCCACUAUUCUGUCGCCGACCUGAUGUCCAUCGGAAAGACCAUGCUGGGUCGUCGCCAUGUCCUCCCUUCCGUCGUUGCUACCCUCGUUGAGCUCCAGGUCGAAGGAACUUUCCCAUCUGGUACCUACCUGGUUACCGUACAUCACCCCAUCAGUAGCGAUGAGGGCGAUCUCGAGCGUGCACUGUAUGGAAGUUUCCUACCUGUGCCCGCCGCCGGGGCCUUCCCGGACCCGGAUCCUAGUGAUUUCUUGCCAGAGAAGAUGCCCGGUGCGGUUAUUCCCGUGAAGAACGCACGGGUGCAUCUGAAUGAUGGACGAAAGCGCAUCAAGCUAAAGGUUAUGAGCAAAGGUGAUCGACCAAUUCAGGUUGGAUCGCAUUACCACUUUAUUGAAACGAACCCGCAAUUGCACUUUGAUCGCAUUCGAUCGUACGGAUUCCGGUUGGAUAUCGCCGCGGGAACUUCCAUCCGUUUCGAGCCCGGUGAUACCAAGACUGUUACUUUGGUGGAAAUUGCCGGUAACAAAGUUAUUCGGGGAGGUAACUGGCUGGCGAAUGGGCCUAUUGACUUGAGUCGUGCCGAUGAUAUUGUGACCAAGUUGCAGACUGCUGGGUUUGCGCACGUCCCAGAGCCUCAGGCAGAUAGUGCGUUGAUCACUGGAUUCUCCAUGGAGCGUGAAGCGUACUCUCGCAUGUUUGGCCCGACGACUGGAGACUUGGUGCGUCUUGGUUUGACCGACUUGUGGGUGCAGGUGGAGAAGGAUAUGACCAGCCACGGAGACGAGUGCACGUUCGGUGGUGGUAAGACAGUCCGUGAUGGGAUGGGCCAGGCGUCAGGACGCUCGGCCUCUGAGUGCUUGGACACGGUUAUUACAAACGCGCUUAUUAUCGAUUGGACCGGUAUCUUCAAGGCCGAUAUUGGAAUCAAGGAUGGCCUGAUUGCUGGUAUUGGCAAGGCAGGUAACCCAGAUGUGAUGGAUGGCGUGCACCCCGACUUGGUGGUGGGUUCUUCCACCGAUGUAAUUGCCGGUGAGAACAAGAUCGUCACCGCUGGUGGUUUCGAUACGCACAUCCACUUGAUCUGCCCGCAGCAGGUGGACGAGGCUUUGGCUUCGGGAAUCACCACUUUCCUAGGUGGUGGUACUGGUCCCAGUACUGGAUCCAACGCGACAACUUGCACACCGGGUCCGAAUCACAUGCGCCAGAUGAUGCAGGCGUGCGAUAGCUUGCCCAUCAACAUUGGUAUUACGGGCAAGGGUAACGACUGUGGACGGAUCAGUAUCGAGGAGCAGAUCAAGGCUGGUGCAGCCGGUCUCAAGCUGCACGAGGAUUGGGGUUCCACCCCCGCCGCCAUCGACAACUGCCUGACACUCUGCGAUGAGUUCGACGUGCAGUGCAUGAUCCACACCGAUACACUUAACGAGUCCGGAUUCGUCGAGCAGACUGUCGAGGCCUUCAAGGGCCGCACAAUCCACACAUAUCACACUGAGGGAGCCGGCGGUGGUCACGCACCCGACAUUAUUAGUGUCGUCGAGCACCCCUACGUACUGCCCAGCAGUACAAACCCAACGCGCCCCUUCACUCUGAACACACUCGACGAGCACCUCGACAUGCUGAUGGUAUGCCAUCACCUGUCGAAGAACAUCCCCGAAGACGUCGCCUUCGCCGAGAGCCGUAUCCGCGCUGAGACCAUCGCCGCCGAAGACGUCCUUCACGAUCUUGGUGCCAUCAGCAUGAUGUCCUCUGAUUCCCAGGCUAUGGGCCGCUGCGGCGAGGUCAUUUUGCGCACCUGGCACACCGCACAUAAGAAUAAGACCCAGCGUGGUCCCCUCCCCGAAGAUGCGGGUACAAACAACGACAACUUCCGCGUGAAACGCUACAUCAGCAAAUACACGAUCAACCCCGCCCUGGCACAGGGUAUGGGUCAUCUGAUCGGUAGUGUGGAGGUAGGUAAGAUCGCCGAUCUAGUCCUCUGGAAGCCGGCAAACUUUGGCACGAAGCCCGUGCAGGUUCUCAAGAGUGGUAUGAUUGUCAUGGCGGAGAUGGGUGAUGCGAAUGCCUCGAUCCCAACCAUUGAACCUAUGAUUAUGCGCCCGAUGUUCGGUGCCCGUGUUCCUAGCAUGUCGAUCAUGUUCGUUUCUCAAGCUUCUAUCGAUGAAGGUAUUGUGCAGACAUACGGUCUUAAGAAACGGAUCGAAGCUGUCAAGGGAUGCAGAACUGUCGGUAAGAAGGAUAUGAAGUUUAAUGACGCAAUGCCUAAGAUGAAGGUUGACCCGGAGAGCUACACUGUCGAAGCAGACGAUAUGCUCUGUGACGCAGAGCCUGCAACCGAGCUACCCUUGACGCAGGCGUACUACGUCUUUUAG